CAGUGGUCUCAGGAAUACAGUUCCAUAUGUCUGCAAACAGUCUCAGAGUGAGGACGAGCUGCAGCUCACUUUCUUGAGCUCUUCCUCUUUGCAGCCUGAGAGCUAUAAACACCAACACUGCCUAAGGACAGCUGUAAAUGAUCAACAAGAGAUUACAGUGAGAUCAACUUAAAGGCAAGGAUGUGUCUAAAAAUACAUAGAUACUGGUGUGUACGCAUUGGGAAAACCUGAAAAACCUCUAAAAGCUUUUGGAGGUUGUAAAGAGCUUUGUCAGAGGAGUCACACAGUAACUAGGAGCAAUUAGAGACAAAUUGAGCAUUCAUUCUAAAGAUUUCCUCUUAGGCAGAAAGAAAAAAAACUCAAAACCUGAGCCUGGUGUGCAUUAAUGGUUGUUGGUAUCAGGGCCUGAUGGAGAAGCUGGGAAUUACAUGGCACUGUCAUCCCAGCAGAAGCUCUGGAGCAAACAGUUAUACACACACAAAAAUGUCCCUGGUCUACAAUUAAUUUCCUUCUUUUUAUCUUCCUAAAGACUUCUAGCCAGCACAGCUGCGGGCAGAUACAGGCACCCUGUGAUGCUCACCCAUGCUGGAGUGAAGCUCUGUGGGAGCUGGUAGGAGGCUGCUGGCAUUACAGGAAGAGCUGGUGGGAGAAGGCCUAUGUUACUGACAGCACCUGAUCAUCGUGUGUGUGCGAAAGCAUGAAUGUACAAACACUUUACCAAUAAAACCCUUUCAGAGCUGACGCUCAGAAUGCCGUCCCUUCAGAGGGAGCAGCAUCUUGCACAGGCAGUCCCGCACAGCUCGCUGAGAGCAGCCUGUAUGUCUCACACCGCGAUGGCGGCCGUGCUGCAGCCAGGAAUGGCUCCUCGCAAUCACACGGGUGGGAAAGGUGGUGGCACUGCCUGGCUCUGCCCGCUGCAAGCUGAGCUCUGGGGCUCUCCAGGUGCAAUUCACCUGCAGCUCACAGAUGUCAGCACGCACCUCACUUGGAGGACACAAACUCCAUAGCAGUGCCGCCCAGACGCGGUACCACACACGACCCAGCGGUGUGCCCUGGUCCUGCCUAAGGGACCAACCCGUGGCACUGACGGAGCUGCAGACCCCGUUCCACGCCGGACCCCCCGGGCCGGGGCCGCCUCCCUUCGGCACCCCCGCCCCCGCCGGUCCCCUCCCGGCUAUAAAGCCCCGCGGGCGGCCGGACCCUCCUGGCCCGCCGCCAUGGCCGCGCUGCGCUUCGGGCAGCCCCCGGCGGAGCUGCCCGCGGUGCCGCCCUCCUGCCCACCGGGGCGGUGGUUGUGCGGGACGGCCGGGGGCAGCGGGGGAGGGCCCGGCGCGGCCUCGGCGCCCCUCGCGGCGCUGCCCCCGGCGGCGGAGGGGGCUCCGUCGGCACAACGUCGGAAACGAACGAGCUUCACGGCGGCGCAGCUGGAGACGCUGGAGCUGGUGUUCCAGGACACCAUGUACCCCGACAUCUACCUGCGGGAGCGGCUGGCCGACGCCACCCAGAUCCCAGAGUCCCGCAUCCAGGUCUGGUUCCAGAACCGCCGCGCCAAGUCCCGCCGGCAGCGGGGGCCGCCCCGGCCGGGUCCCCCCGCCCCGCCGCCGCCCCAGCGCCCGCCGCGCGGCUCGGCCCCGCUGCUCCGCGCCCGGGAGGAGAGCCGCGAGUGGCCGCCCCGCGCCGCCGGCCCGCCCGGCCCCGGGCUGCGCCCGCACGGGGGGAGCGGGGGAGCCCCGGCCGGGCCCUACCCGCCCCGCCCCGCGUUCCCCUUCCCGGCCGGCGGCGGCUUGUCGGAGCCGGGAAUGGAGUGGGAGGAGAACGCCCUCGGCGCCUUCCGAGCCCUCUGACCGCGGCUCGGCCCUGCCCUGCCCGGGCCUUUUGCACUUUAUCCCGGAGGGACUGCGCCUAUUUAUGGACGGGAGAUGGGGGCUGCUGCGCCGGCUGCCGACACCGUGUUACAUUGUUUACAGCUUCUAUUUAACCUUCUUUAGUCACCAAGCCGACCGAAUGCACUGCUCUAGGGAGGGACGU